GCCAAAUAAAAGCCUUAUCGCCUUCUCCCUGUGUUUCUCCAUAGCGUUCAAGUUCUACAGUAUGCUGAUGCCCGCAUCUCCACCUCUUCAACUCAAGCCUUCCUUCUCAUUUCCAUAUAGAUCAAUCACACCUUUUCCUACCCUAGGACGAAUUUCCAUUCAAAAGAAGUAUUUUCUCCAUUGUUGCUCAAAUUGUGACUUGAAGGAUGAAAGAGAACAGAAUGGAAAUAUCGAGUAUUCAAAGCGGAGACAACUCCUUGUGUUUCUGAUCUCAUCAGGCUUGUUUCCAACUUUGCCCUCCAGUGGGAAAACAAAAGUUAAGAACCCAUAUGAUGAAAAACGCCUGCUUGAACAAAAUAAAAGGGUACAGAGAGAGAACAAUGCACCAGAUGAUUUCCCAAGUUUUGUUCGAGAAGGAUUCGAGGUUAAGGUUGUGGCAUCAAACAACUACAUAAAGAGCGGUUCUGGACUUAUAUACCGCGAUUUCGAAGUUGGUACCGGUGACUUCCCAAAGUCUGGUCAGCAGGUGACUUUUCACUAUAUUGGCUACAAUGAAUCUGGUCGUCGUAUCGAUAGCAGUUACCAACAAGGUUCUCCUGCCAAAAUACGAAUGGGUACCAACGCAUUGGUCCCAGGAUUUGAAGAAGGUAUAAAAGACAUGAAACCUGGUGGAAAGAGGAGAAUUAUCAUCCCUCCGGAACUUGGACCUCCGGUUGGGCCUUCUACAUUCUUUAGUUCAAAACAGUUUGAAGUUUUUGAUGUGGAAUUGCUUGGUGUUAAAGACUGCACAAGGAGAACAAUUGCAUUCUACUCCGAUGUCGUUUGCGAUUAAGUCGCAAAGAUUUUUGUACCACGAAAACACUAUUACUUGUACAUCUCGAUGUUUGUCCUGAACGACAACGUCUCCAUUUGAGUUUGUAGAGUGACUAGAUGUUGUUUUAGAUCUAUAGCGACAUACGGUCUGUUCAGCCGAGAAAUUUUUACUAUAACUUUCUUGAAAAUGUGAAAAGUUAUUUGUAUCCAUUUGAUACGUUAGUAGAGAUUAUAUUACUCCGUC